AUGGCCUCUAACGCUGUAAUUGAGCGAAGGAACAAACAGAUACAAGAUGCUAUUGAUGGACAGAAUCUGAAACAGGCAUUACAACUGUGUGAGAAACGGCUCAAGAAAGGCGAGGACUCGUCCUUUUUAAAGGCCUGGAAAGCAAAUAUUCUCUUCAGCCAUGCCGACGAGGCGCAUCGCCAGCGUGGUAUCGCCGAAACCCUGCAGUUGUGUAGCUCAUCCCCACCUGUCUCCGACCUCGAAGCUCUGAACAUACUACACAAUACACUGGAUGAGAUAGGAGGGCAUGAGGACACAGCUCGAGCUUUAUGGCAAAAUGCUGCCAAAGUAAAACCGCAAGAUCUGGAGAUCCAAUUGAGGUGGUUCCGCAUUGCGUCUGACGGCGGGGACUGGAAGACAGCUCAAAAGGCGGCAAUGAGUCUCCAAAACAACUUCCCCAAAACAAGAAAAUAUUACUUCUGGGCCAUCUUCAUGUGCUAUUUGAUUGCACGGGAUAAAGAAAGCUCAGAGACUGAUCAAAAAUUAUUUGGGACUCUUGCCUACCGCAUGAUAUCGAAGGCUGCUGGAAGUGUCCCAACAGACCCGAAAGAUUUAUUGAGUAUACCCCGCGCCAUUCAAACAGCGGAGGAGCUGUUCUUGCUUAUUAAAAUAUACGAGAACCAGUCUCGCAAUGACGAACUUGUGGAAAUACUCAACAGCAAACAUUUGGGUGUUACAUCACGCAUCGCUCAGAAUGAAUGGCUGUUUGUCACAAACAAACUAUCAGCCAUUGAGAAAAGCGGCCUGUGGAACCAGGCGGUAUCUUUUACGAAAGAAUUAUUGACGCUUGAUGACAGCGUGACAGCGGAUUCAAAACCAGACUCUAAGGUCGAGGAGAGGGAUGAUUGGAAGGUGUGGAAUUUACUCCUCCUUGCAACGAGAAAGUUGGAGAAACAAGACAUCUUCCAAGAGGCUGCAGAGCUCAUUUCAACGUAUAUUGAAAGGCGCCCGACAUCAAGAAAUGCACAGCUAGCAAGCCUUGAGCUGAAACUUCAGGGGGUGGGAACAGGGAAAUCUACCCCCCAGGAGGUGCUUUCCGAGUGCAUUCAAUAUUUCAAGCGCAAUCAACGAAAGAUAUACUGUUUUAAUGACUUGCAAAGGUACCUGAACAAUUUAGAUACGAGCUUAUAUCAGAUAUUUGAGAGUGAAGUAUCAAAAAUUGUAGAAGAGGGCAAUAAGUCUAGUGCAAUUCCUCGAAUCAAUGCAUACAAACUGGAAUAUUCUUUCAGGCUUAACUUCGACAAUACCAAGGUUGCGAUCUCAAACGUUGAAGAUUUCGUCUGCCGCUGUUUACACGACUUCAGAAAAGCUGGAAGAGCUGAUGCCGGCAAUACACCAUCGACUAUCGAGGCAGAGCCAACCGAUGACCUCUGCUUGUUGGCUGCUAUGGCUUUGGUGCGCCUACAUGGAGCCACGUCCGGAUCGGUGGUAGGCCAUGUCCUGGUGCAGGCAGCUGGGAUUCUUGAACAUUUGUUGCUUAAAUCGCCACACAAUUAUGAAGCUCUACUACUGCUAGUUCGGAUAUACCUACUUUUGGGUGCAGGAUCACUCGCCCUAAGGAGGUUCUCUAAACUCUCGGUCAAACAAAUACAGUACGAGACAGUUGCGCAUAAUCUCUUUACCCGACUUGCAACAAUUCAUCCCCAAACAGCACCCCCGUCAAUAGACCUCGACAGAAAAGAUUAUGACCCACAAAUGGGCCUCAGGCAGGCAUUGACGUUUUACCGAAACGCUGAGGGUGCAACUACUUAUUCUCAGUCGACGGGGUUGGAACAUGGUAGCUAUAUCAAUGUGGAAGGGAGUAUUGAGCUCCGGAACGACUUGAAAAAUAGUCUAUGUAGGAAAAUGUGGGCUUUGGAAAUGCGGCGUAUACAACGGCUCGUUGGUGGUCCGUCUACAAGCCAGUAUGAUAAGAUUGUCUUGAAUCAAAGCUCUCUUUCCGACAAGCGUAGCUUUGGGGGUUUAAUGAAUUGCGAGCCUCGUGGGAAACCAGCGUUUGAAGAGUAUGUUAGGUUGGGGCCUCUACAAAAAACUCAAGCGGUUAAUGCUAUGGCUGCCACAGAUGCCCUGUUCAGCUUCCUAACAAAAACCCCAUCUAAAACCUCGAAGCCGCAGUUUUCUUCGUAUAUUGAUUUGGACCUUGACUCCGCAUCUAACGAACUCACACAGGCAGAGAGGGAGAACACAAAGAUUCAUCUUCUUCUACUGAAGGGACUAUCAAUAUUUACAGAAAAACUACCGUUUGAUUCCACCACAGUCGACAAUAUUCUUUCAAAAGUUGAUAUGUACCUUGAAGAAAGGCUGAAGGACUUGAUGACUCCAGGCUUUAAGACCAAUGGGACUAUAGACUUAACCCCUAAUUCUACUCCCCCGUCUCCUGCUCCAUCAUGGAUAUACCUACACGACACCAUAUUGCUGCUCGAGACGUUAAUGGCCAUCUCCCUUUUCGCCUCAUUCAUAAUCAAAAAUAAACUAUUCACCUCUGGGGACGCUAAAAGCAAGCUGGAUGCCCUCAGAGAUCGCAUAAAAUCUGUUUCAAGCGAGGUUAAAGUUCAAUCUCAAGGGCUGAAAACACGAAUCUCUAGUUCUGGAAUGCUGGGCCAUCUUGUUGAUAUUGUCAGCUUGAGGCCUAGUGGCCAGGAUGGAACGGCGGAUUCUGAAGGUAGUCGGUCGCUUGAUGUUGAGAUCGAGGGGCUCAUAGACUCUGCAUCCCUUGAGUUAUUCUGUGGUUCAUUGAUGGAGAGCUGGGAAAAUGCUCUUGACGGUGUUAUCUCGAUCUGCUCUACAAUACGAUGA